GGAGGAACGUAAAAGGGGGGCGCGCGCGGCGCAAGGGAAGGGAGGGAUCCAUGAGCCGCCAGCGCUGCCCACCUUCGGCCUUCUCCCUCUCCGUCCUGAGGGGCCUGGUGGGCUCCGCUUUCCUCUGCCUGGCGCGGACUAUGAGCCUCCGCGGAGCUGCGCCCAAUGCCUGCCUUUCAGGAGGAGGAGGAGGAGGGGGAAGCAAUAGCAGCAGCAGUGGCUCCGGGGGCGGCCUCUUCAGCGCUUCCUCCUCCUGCUCUCCUUCUGCUGCUCCUCCGCGGGUGAGGCUUCCGUGGCUGCGUCUGCCUGGGGUGCCUGGCGCCCCGCCCUCCCGAGCCAACGACGUCCUCCUGCUGCUGCCCUCCCGGGAGCCCCCUCGCCCCCAACACCACGUCCUCUACUUCCCGGGAGACGUCCAGAACUAUCAUGAAAUUAUGAUUUGUCAUCCAGAAAAUUUCCAGUGGGAACAGUGGUGCCUAGAAAAUGUUGCUGCUAUCCUUGGCCGUCGUUUCCCUGGGAGUUACGUUUGGGUUAUAAAAUGUUCGCGUAUGCAUUUGCACAAAUUUAGCUGCUAUGACAAUUUUGUGGAAAGUAAUAUGUUUGGAGCACCUGAACACAGUGCUGACUUUGGAGCCUUCAAACACCUUCAUGCACUGUUACUUAAUGCAUUUAAACUUGCUCAAAACGUUCUUCUGUCUCAGAACAGUACGCAUGAUUUCUCCAAGGAGACUAAGGCAGCUGCUUGUGAAUUACCUCCUGUUGCUACUGCUAAUGGAUGUCCAAGAGGAGAAAGAGACAUUGAACACUUCAGCAGUUCUUCUGUGGACUUUAUUGAACCCUCUGUUGUUGGUGGAGUGUCAUUCACUUUAAUCGGCUUCAGUAAAGGUUGCGUUGUCUUGAAUCAAUUACUUCAUGAACUAAAGGAAGCAAAAAAGGACAAGGACAUAUGUGCCUUCAUAAAAAAUAUAAGAGCAAUAUACUGGUUGGAUGGUGGUCAUUCUGGGGGAAGCAAUACUUGGGUGACGUACCCUGAUGUGCUUAAAGACUUUGCACAGACUGGGAUUUCAGUUUAUGCUCAUGUCACGCCAUAUCAGGUAUUCGAUACAAUGCGGGCAUGGAUUGGGAAAGAGCACAACAGAUUUGUACAAAUUCUUCAUGAGCUUGGUGUAAAUGUAAACAGCCAGCUUCAUUUUGCCAGUGAAGUACCUUCCCUGGACAACCACUUCAGAGUCCAUGAAGUAUUCUGACACUGUAACUAUAUCAAAAUGCUGUAGUAGCUACAAAAGACAGCUUUGAUUUAACUGUUUGGGAAUAUGCUUUCUUCUAAACCCUGGAAAGGGAAAUACUCCAGUGUGUGCUAAUGCCUGCUUUUUCAGACACACCGUGAUGAAAACCCAGUCUUGUCUUGGUUUUGCAGUUGAAGAGCCACAAAAGAAAUCUCUGGCUGCAAGAUAAAUUAUUUUGCUCUGUAAGAUGCCUGAGGAAAAGCAAUACUGAUUUACCUGAAACUAUUUAACAUCAGAUGGAAAACUUGCUUGAUGUUUGCUUUACUUACAUGGAAUUUUGUGGCCACAGUUUUCAGAUCCAGGCUCCAAAACUAGUAUCUGAUGAUUAAGGAUCAUUUUAUGUGUCAGGUAUUUCUGAAUGAUCCAUCUUUUCUAUUUAGAAGACUUUACUCAAGAACCAAGAGCAAAGAACUUUGGACUCCAUUGUUAAUGCUGUUGGGUUGGGGAUUUUUUUAGCACUUUGGCAUACCACAAACAAUGCAUACAUUUCUUAUCUUGAGACACCUAAGUCUUCAGUGUAAUGAAUAUAAAUUACACUUGUUGGUCAUUAAGGUGCAUAGCUACUAUACUGUUGCAUCAUGGUUGUUCUGCAGUUUCUAACCAUAGCUGAACAUCUACUGAAUGAGGUGGUUUUAUAGACAUUUAAAGAGUAUUAAAUGUCUGUUAUUUUUU